AUGGCCGCUGAGCUUACAUCAACCCGGCUCAAUGCGGAGAAUCAUUUGCUCUUGGACCAACCCCUUCUUCGUUUGCCCCAUGAACUUGCACGUCGGAAUUUCAAGUCUGUUCAACGUCUCGUUGAACGGGAGAGGGAGCACGUUCUCCCCGCACUCAAAGAGACCGCUAGUGCCUCAAUGUCGAAUGCCCGAGAACCCGACCAUGCCAUCGCUACUCUCGAUGCCAUGAUCCUGAGAAUGCGAAGCCUGAAGCGCAAAAUGGAGAUUCUGCAGCAGGAGGAGAAAAUGAUUCACGAACAGUCCAAAAAGCGCAUUCAGCAUCUCGAGAGCCUUCAUCAGAUUCCGAGCUUGGCAGACGUCAAGUAUGACCAGUGGUCACGAGUCAGAUUGGACAGACUGAUAGUCGACCAUAUGCUGCGUUCUGGCUAUUUAGAAAGUGCACAGCAGUUAGCUCACGAGAAAGGGAUUGAGGGUCUGGUGGAUCUCAACGUGUUCGUGCAGUGUCAACGUAUUGCCGAGAGCCUCCGUCGAGGUGAGACAAAGGAUGCUCUUCAGUGGUGUGGUGAGAACAAGGCAGCAUUGAAGAAAAGCCAGUACAAUCUAGAAUUCGAACUCCGACUGCAGCAGUACAUCGAACUGAUCAGAAGCGGCGACAAGAAGAAGUUUGUUGAUGCGAUGAUGCAUGCUAAAAAGUAUCUUGCUCCGUACAAAGAGACACAGUCCACCGAAAUCCACCGAGCCGCAGGACUGCUUGCUUUUCCGCGAGAUACUAAAGCUGAACCUUAUAAAUCUAUAUACUCCCUUGAGAGAUGGAAUCGCCUUUCUGACCUGUUCAUUCGCACUCAUCAUGAGCUCUUGUCACUAUCAUCCCGCCCCCUGCUUCAUAUCGCGCUAUCAGCAGGGCUAUCGGCUUUAAAGACGCCCUCUUGCCACUCAGCCUACACCUCCCCAAGUUCGAAUUCUCUCUCCACCACAACGUCAGUUUGUCCCAUCUGCUCCACCGAGCUUAACGAACUUGCUCGUAAUAUGCCUUAUGCUCAUCACACCAAGAGCUACGUUGAAAGUGACCCGAUCGUUCUGCCGAAUGGAAGAAUCUACGGCCAGCAGCGGUUGACAGAGAUGAGCGAGAAGGUCGGUUGUGUUGCCUCUGGGAAAGUCAAGGACCCUACCACCGGUGAGGUUUUCGAUGAAAGUGAAAUGAAGAAGGUCUAUAUCAUGUGA